UCGAAAGGCUACUGCCGACGUCCCGUUUUUUUGGUCAUGUGGGCUUUUCUUUUUCUUUUUUAUGUGUUCCGCCUGGUACACGGUACUACAUCGGAUGAUGGCCAGAAUGGGGAUGAUGGGCUUGGAAUAGUGGGAAUUGACUUGGGAACCACUUAUUCUUGCGUUGGGAUUUACGAAAAUAAAAGAGUGCAAAUCAUACCUAACGAUCAGGGUAACCGAAUAACUCCGUCUUACGUGGCGUUUGCCCCGGACGGCACUCUUUUAGUUGGUGAUGCAGCCAAGAACCAGUUGGCUGCUAAUCCUACUAAUACUAUUUUUGAUUCCAAGCGCAUUAUUGGGCGUGAGUGGUCCGACAAAUCGCUCCAGUCAGACAUUAAAUAUUUUCCGUUUAAAGUUGUUAACAAAGGCAAUAAACCUCACAUUGAAGUCACAACUUCCUCUGGGCCUACACGACUCUCCCCCGAAGAAGUAUCGGCCAUGAUCUUGAGGAAAAUGAAAGAGAUUUCAGAGGCCUAUUUAAAUAGAACAGUUACUAAAGCUGUUGUUACUGUACCGGCUUACUUCAACGAUGCUCAGAGAAGGGCUACUAAAGAUGCAGGCACCAUAGCUGGCCUCAACGUCGUUCGUAUAAUUAACGAGCCCACGGCGGCUGCUAUUGCAUAUGGUCUCAACAAGCAGGACUCUGAGAAAAAUAUUUUGGUGUACGAUCUCGGCGGCGGGACCUUCGACGUUUCCCUUCUGACCAUCGACAACGGAGUGUUUGAAGUUAUUGCUACGUCGGGUGAUACGCAUCUGGGCGGUCAAGAUUUUGAUCAAAGGGUCAUGGAACAUUUUUUAAAGUUGUGGAAAAAAAAGUAUCCCACCAAAGCAGAUGUCGAAAAGGAUCAGGCUGCCGUGCAAAAGUUACGUCGCGAAGUAGAGAAGGCCAAGCGCAGUCUGUCCUCGUUACCUGAAGCAAAAGUCGAGGUCGAAUCCUUUUACCAAGGAGUCGAUUUUUCUGAAACACUUACUCGGACUAAGUUUGAGGAUUUGAAUGCCGACUUGUUUAAAAGCACUUUGAAAACGGUUCAAAAAGUUUUAGAUGAUGCGAGUUUUAGCAUCAAGGAUGUCCACGAGGUAAUCCUUGUGGGCGGCUCCACUCGCAUCCCAAAAAUCCAUAGUUUGGUGAAGGAUUUUUUUGGUGGUAAAGAGCUUAAUUUGGGGCUUAACCCUGACGAGGCCGUGGCUUACGGCGCCGCCGUACAAGGAGGCAUUCUUGGAGGUACUGCACAGGAUGUUGUGCUCCUCGAUGUCACUCCUUUGACUCUUGGCAUUGAGACGGUCGGGGGAGUGUUUACUAAGCUGAUCCCUCUGAAUUCUUUGAUCCCCGCACAGCAUACACAGACUUUUUCCACUGCUCAGGAUAACCAGGCUACAGUUACUAUAAAAGUUUAUGAGGGAGAGCGCCCGCUCACGCGCGAUAACCAUCUGUUGGGCCAAUUCGACCUUACGGGGAUCCCCCCGGCCCCCCGCGGAGUCCCGCAGAUUGAGGUCACCUUUGCCGUAGAUAACAACGGUAUCCUCCGAGUUAAGGCAGAAGAGAAGGGCACGGGAAAAAAACAAGAGAUCACUAUUACUAAUGAUGAUAACCGGCUUAGUGAAGCUGAGAUUAAAAAGAUGAUUGAUGAUGCUAAGAAGUAUGCGGAGACGGAUAAAGAAAGAAGGAAAGUGGUCGACGCUCGGCAAGAUCUUGAAAAUCUUGCUUACCGGUAUAAAAGGCUUUCCUCUCCUGCUGAGAAAGAAAACCGGCUUAGUGAAGCUGAUAAGGACACUUUGACCAAAGCUGCUGAGGAGGCCAUCUCCUUUCUCGAUAAUAAUCCUUCUGCCACCCUCGACGAGUUGAGGCAACAGAAGGACGAGUUGGAAAAGGUGUGCAAUCCUAUCAUCGCAUCCCUUAACCGAAACGACGACAGCGCACAAGACCACUCGGAGUUGUAAGCUUUUCUUCUAUACAGUAGUUAAAUAAAAUAAUUUAUAUGGCUUA